GGAUUUCAUUUGAGCUUACAAUAACGAUGAAGAGAGAAGCAACAACAGACUAGUGUCGUUAAGUGAGGAGUGGUGGGGCGCAGUGCGCAUCCCUAUGGACGACUCUUCUUCCUCUACCGCUGUUAUCCUCACACCCUCUCCUCCAAUCCGCCCGCGCACAUUAGCUCCUUCCUCCUUUACCUUACGCCGCCUCCGCUAGUUAAACCCGAGCAGAGCACCAAAGAAUAGAUAGUUACAUAUAUAUAUAGUGGGGUUUUGUUCGAGAAAACCCUAAUGGAUCCUUGUCCUUUCGUGAGGUUAACCGUAGGGAAUCUGGCCAUAAAAACUUCGGUGGCCGCCAAGCCAGCUCGCUCCGCCGUGCACCCUUCAUCGUCGCCUUGUUUCUGCACAAUUAAGCUGAAUAACUUCCUCCUCCAGAACGCUGUAGUGCCGUACAUUCCGCCAGAGACCACCCAAUUCCCCGACGGAAACUCUCAGACCCUCGCCGCGAGCUUCCACCUAAGUAAACCCGAUGUCGACAGGCUUACUGGGAAAUCCUCCCUUUUCUCCACCUCAAAGAGGCCGCAACUCAAAAUAUCGGUUUACUCCGGUCGGCGCGGGGCCACGUGCGGCCUGAGCUCCGGGCGUCUGCUGGGGAAAAUUUCUGUGCCGUUGGAUCUGGCGGCAGCGGAGUCCAGGGCUAUAGUUUUCCACAGUGGGUGGAUUAAUGUGGGGAAAGAAGCGAAAGGCAUGGCGCAGUUUCACCUGAAUGUGAAGGCGGAGCCGGAGCCGAGAUUCGUAUUCGAGUUCGACGGAGAGCCCGAAUGCAGCCCUCAGGUUUUCCAAAUCCGGGGGUCUAUUCGCCAGCCGGUUUUCACCUGCAAGUUCAGUUUUCGUACAGGCGACCGCAAUCAACGCUCCAGGUCUUUACCACCGGAACACAGUAGUGGUGCAAGAGGUUGGUUAACUUCGUUCGGGAGUGAAAGAGAAAGGCCCGGAAAAGAAAGAAAGGGAUGGUCCAUCACCAUCCACGAUCUCUCCGGUUCGCCAGUUGCGGCCGCCUCGAUGGUGACGCCAUUCGUAGCCUCGCCCGGUUCGGACAGAGUGAGCCGGUCCAACCCCGGUUGCUGGCUCAUUCUCCGGCCUGGAGACGGCACGUGGAAGCCCUGGGGCCGCCUCGAGGCUUGGCGUGAGCGUGGCGCCGGCGACGGUCUGGGCUACCGUUUCGAACUAAUUCCAGACUCUGCUGCCGCCGCAGGCAUUGUCUUAGCCGAGUCAACACUUAGCUGCAGCAAGGGAGGGAAAUUCGUUAUAGACUUGAACGGCAACGGCAAUGGUACACCGACAGGUACGCCAAAAAGCGCCGCCGCAUCCCCGGGCUGCAGCCCCCGGAGCAGUGGCGAUUUCGGGUACGGCCUGUGGCCGUACUGCAUGUAUAGAGGAUUUGUAAUGUCGGCUAGCGUGGAAGGCGAGGGACGCAGCGGGAGGGGGAAAACGGCGGCCCCUCAGGUGGAAGUGAGCGUACAGCACGUAAGUUGCACGGAGGACGCAGCGGCAUUCGUGGCAUUGUCGGCGGCUCUGGACCUGAGCAUAGACGCUUGCAGGCUUUUCUCUCAUAAGCUCCGCAAGGAACUCUGCCCUCCUCAGGAUUUACUCUUCUGAUCAAUUUUCCCACCUCUGUGAAAAUUAAUUAACCUCUUUGUUACCCUUUUCUUUCUUUUCUGAAUUUUAGUGAUUUAUGUGAGUGGUGAAAAAUCAAGAAUUGGGCAGUGGUGAUGGGUUUUGAAUUCUGUCAUGACUGGACUGAUUUUCGUAGCUUUAGUUACUAACUAAAAAUAGGAUUUAAUGUACAGAGGAGGAGGAGGGUGUUUUUGUACCCUAUUGGUGUGUGGAUUGUGAGUUUUUGCCAUUGUUGUUGUCAAGAAUCAAAAAGUGAGAUAUGUUUAUUUUCUUCAAUUUUGAUUUGAAGAUGUUGAUGAUUUUUGUAUAAACCAGCUUCAUACUCUGUUGUGUAAGAA